GCCGGCGCCUUCUCCUUGCUUCUUGGGGUCGUGGCCUUGCUCCCGCGGUGCACGGGAGAACGCCCGGGCCCGUCCACGCGCGUGCGUGCGCGUGGGGUCUAAAGAGCUCGCGGGCCGGCGCUGGGUCUCUGUGGGGGCUGUAGCGGGAGCCAUGGGCGGGGCCGCCAGCACCCGCCGGGUCACCUUCGAGGCGGACGAGAAUGAGAACAUCACGGUGGUGAAGGGCAUCCGGCUUUCAGAAAAUGUGAUUGAUCGUAUGAAGGAAACCUCUCCAUCCGGUUCGAAGCCUCAGCGGUUUUCUGGUGCUUACGGUGCCUCAGUUUCUAAUGAAGAAUUGAAAAGAAGAGUAGCUGAGGAGCUGGCCUUGGAGCAAGCCAAGAAAGACUCUGAAAACCAGAAAAGGCUGAAACAAAGCAAAGAACUGGAUCAGUUAACCAGAGCUAUUCUUCGAGAGAGAAUAUCGAGUGAAGAGGAACGCUCUAAGGCAAAACACCUGGCUAGGCAGCUGGAAGAGAAGGAUCGGGUGAUCAAGAAGCAGGAUGCAUUCUACAAAGAGCAGCUGGCUAGACUGGAGGAACGGAGCUCUGAGUUCUACAAAGUCACCACUGAGCAAUAUCAGAAAGCUGCUGAAGAGGUGGAAGCAAAGUUCAAGCGCUAUGAGGCUCAUCCCGUCUGCGCUGAUCUGCAGACCAAAAUCCUCCAAUGUUACCGCCAGAACAACCAGCAGACCCUCAGCUGCUCUGCUCUGGCUGAACAGUACAUGCGCUGUGUCAACCAGGCCAAACAGAGCAAGCUUGAAAAGGGAGGAUAAAAUCAACCUCAGAACCAGCAAAACUCCUUCAACAUUAAUUCCAGAGGUGGAACUUUUUUUUUUUUUCCCUAGUAAGAAAGCAACCCAUGUGAAGAGAGACAGUAAAGAGAAUCAGCAGAGGGCAGGUUCAACAGCAACACGUCACCAUUUGAUCGACAGUGGUUGGCAAUGCCAAGGCCGAGAUCAGGGAGCACCGUCAAGCACACGCCCCAGUGGUCACCCACCCUAUUUCUGAUGAUUAAAAGAGAAAGGCAGCCCUCUCCUCCUUCCGUAUUUCUGUUCAGCUCUCUCCUAACCAAGCGCCAUCAUUUGGUGGACGCACCAUGCUGACAAGCCAAUGGGGGGAGCUAAGUUAAAUGGAAAGGGGAGAGGCGAGGGUAAACCCCCCCAAUCUUGGGGCAACCGUUUUGUAGAUGGGGCACGUGUCCAUUUUCUUUCUUUCUUUUUUCUCCCUUGACUAGACAAGAGCUAUUUCAUCUUAACUUAUUAUGGUGAUCAUGUAAGUAAGAAGACAAAAAGAAUAAUGUUUAUGAUUGCAAGUGAAAGAAGGCAUUUUUUUAUCAACAUAGAAAGGCAGCCUUGGCUUAUACAACCUCUUCUCUAUCAUGAAUACUGACAUCUUUACUUCACUCGCUAUCAAUAAUAAAUAUAUUUUCUGACGAAGACUGGCAUUGUAGCCUGGAGCCUCGAGUAUUCUUUCUC